AUGAACGGGGACAACUACUCCUCGAGAGACUCGGGGCGCUCUCGAGAACAUCACAGUUCAAGAUACGACCGAGACGACCGCAGAGAUCGCGACCGCGAUAGGAACCGAGACCGAGGCGAGCGCAGACGGUCGAGGUCACCUCACCACAGAUCAUCGAGACGCGACCAUGAAGACUCGUAUGCCUCGAGUCGAGAUUACCGGGCGCGCGAACGAGAAGACAGAUACGGCUCGCGGCGAGAUGAUCGCGAGUGGGACAGAGACAGAGGCCCGAGGCGUCGCGACGAUGACCGUCCACCUCGCCGAGACCGUGACCUCUUCGAUGACCGACGAGGUGGAGGUGGAGGGCCAGGUGGAGGCGGUGGUCGUGACCGUGACCGUGACCGCAGCGGACGGGAAGAUCGCGACGAGUUCGCGGCGCAAGCACGCGGCCAGAAGAACAGUCCUCCUCCCAAGAAACGAGAACCCACGCCCGAUCUGACCGAUAUCGUACCCAUCCUGGAGCGGAAAAGGAGGUUGACACAAUGGGAUAUCAAGCCUCCAGGCUACGAGAACGUCACCGCUGAACAGGCCAAGAUGUCGGGCAUGUUCCCCUUACCGGGCGCUCCUCGCCAACAACAGAUGGAUCCCAGCCGGUUACAGGCAUUCAUGAACCAGCCCGCAGGCGGCGCCACUUCGACCGCCUUGAAGCCCUCCAACUCGCGCCAGGCGAAGCGCUUGUUCGUCUCCAACCUACCCACGACCGUCACCGAGGAGAGUCUGAUGGCCUUCUUCAACCUGCAGCUCAAUGGGCUGAACGUUGUGAAGACGAUCGAUCCGUGCGUACAAGUGAACAUUGCGGAGGAUCACAGUUUUGCCCUGGUCGAGUUCAGGAAUCCUGCCGACGCGACCACCGCGUUGGCCAUGAACGGCAUCACCAUGGAAGAGCAUCAUACCGAAAUGAAUGGAAAUGGAGAUGCGAACCCAAAGGGAUUGGAGAUUAAGCGACCAAAGGACUACAUUGUGCCCACGGCCGACGAUGAUGCAUAUACAGAUGGCGAAUUGUCCACCGAAGUGCCUGACACUGCGAACAAGCUGGCUGUCACGAAUCUACCGCCUUUCCUGACCGACGAUCAGGUCCUGGAAUUGUUGAAGGCGUUUGGCGAACUCAGAGCAUUCGUGCUGGUGCGCGAUAGCGACGCUCCGGAGUCGAGAGGAAUUGCUUUCUGCGAGUAUAACGACCCCUCCGUGACUGCCGUUGCGAUCGAGGGCCUCAACGGCAUGGAUCUAGCCGGCAACGCCAUCAAAGUCACCCACGCAAGUAUCGGUUUUACACAAGCCGCGGGGCUGGAGAUGGGCGUCAAUGCCAUGUCCAUGUUCGCCGGCACCACAUCUGACAACAUGGAAGAUGGUCGUGUUUUGCAACUGCUCAACAUGGUGACACCGGAAGAGUUGAUCGACAAUGAUGACUAUGAGGAAAUCUGCGAGGACGUGCAAGAAGAAUGCCAGAAAUACGGCACCGUUGUCGCCAUGAAGAUCCCCCGCCCGUCCAUGGGCAGUCGGCAGUCGGCAGGCGUGGGUAAGAUCUUCAUCAAGUACGAAACGCCCGAAGCGGCGAAGAAAGCAUUGCAGGCGUUGGCGGGUCGCAAGUUCGCGGACCGCACUGUUGUUACUACGUAUUUUGACGAGGCGAGCUUCGACGUGAAUGCCUGGUGA